AUGUCAGGCAACAUCGUUGCUGAAUGGCUGAGGUCUCUUCAUCUUGGCCAAUACGCCGAAAGUUUCAUAGACAACGGCUAUGACGAUCUAGAAAUAUGCAAACAGGUCGGUGAUCCCGAUCUCGAUGCAAUCGGAGUGUUCAAUCAAGUGCACCGCAGCAGGUUGUUGCAAUCAGUAAGAACUCUUCGCGAAGAAGGUGCCGCAUCGGUGUAUUUUACCCUGGAGGAAAGUGUCGCGGUUCACGAUGAGUGUUUUUGUGACAAUGUGAGUGCUAGGUCUUCCCGAACAUCUUCCGGACGAUCUGAGAAAGAAACUCAGAGGAUUAACGCGAGUCCUGGGGCCAGUUCUUCGGCCGAAAGUGGACAGGAGGUGGCUAAAUAUCUGGACGAGUACGAAGAAGGAAAGGCUGAGUUGGUGAAGAUACCGAGAGUGCAGUUGAAAGUGUUGUUGCGGGAAAAGCUGAGCCAGGACGGGAUCAGAUUGAGCUGUCAACCGUAUUCCACACAGAUAACUCUAAUGAAAUUUUUGGUAAAUGAAGCAGAAAAAUAA